ACUCCCCGGCAGCAUCUCACCGCCCUCCUCCCUGCCCCGACGGGGCGUGUGCGGCCCGGAGAGCCGGCAGCGACAGGGGCUCGGGCUGCGGAGAGAGCUCCUGCAGCCACAAACUCUCCGGAGCGCUUCAGGUGCCGGCAGCGGAGGGCGAAGGGGCCCACGGCUGUCCCUGGCUCUCCGCCGCCGUCGGGGGCGGGGAGCGCAGCGGAGAACCGAAAGUGAAGGGAAGGCAGCGCUCGGCCGGGCAUCCCGGGGCUGCGGGACAGAGCCGCGUGGGAGCGCGGAUGCGCCGCGCCAGUCCCCGCUCCCGGAGCCUGACUGCGGGGCGCUGCCGCCCAGCUGCCGACACCCCGGGCAGGGCAGCCGCCGGCGAUGCCGUGCUGCAUGCCCGGCGUGGCUUUCGUGCCCGCUUUGCUCGUCAGCUGGUCCUCGGCCGCCUUCAUCAUCUCCUAUGUGAUGGCCGUGCUGGCGGGGCACGUCGAGCCCCUCGUCCCCUACAUCAGUGACACUGGAACUAAACCUCCGGAGAGCGGUGUCUUUGGUUUUAUGAUUAAUAUUUCAGCACUUCUAGCUGCAAUUACAAUGUACAUCAGAUAUUUAUUAAUAGAGAAGCAGAAUGAAUCAUCACACUUUGUUUGGUCUUCAUGCAAUAUGUUUACAUUGUGUGUGGGAUUGAUGGGCUGCACUGGAAUGGGCAUAGUUGCAACUUUCCAGGAGCUGGCUGUUCCCAGUGUCCAUGACAUAGGAGCUUUGGUGGCAUUUGGCUCAGGUGUUGUAUACAUCACACUUCAGUCUAUAAUCUCUUACAAGUCCAGCCCACGAUGGAACACUUACUUUGUGUGUCACACAAGGAUGGCCAUAUCUGUCAUAUCAUGCAUUGCUUUCAUUCCCAUGAUUGUGUUUGCUUCAAAAAUUUCCAUGACAAAAAUUGAUUGGACUCCAGGUGAAAAGGAUUAUACUUACCAUUUUAUGAGUGCAAUCUGUGAAUGGACGGUGGCCUUUGGUUUCAUCUUCUUCUUUUUAACAUUCAUUAGAGAUUUUCAGAGAUUUUCUUUAAGGAUAUCGACAGAAAUACAUGAAGACUCCUGGUAGUGAAAAAACAAUAUUUUAUAUCUAUGAAUACUCUAGGUUUAUUUUUACUUACAGAAAAAGUG